AUGCCUCGGCUGCACAGCUCUCCGCUUAGAAGGGCCAACUCCAUGGGCUCGCGCGGCUCGCGCCAAAACAGCAUUCUGUCCAUCGACACCGUUCUAGUCGACGACAAUAACUAUGAGAUGUUUUCGGGCGCCACGUCGGAAAUCAUACCGUCGUCCAUCAGUUCGUUCCACUAUCCGCAUCAUUUUGGCUCGCGCCAUGCCAGCGACGCCAGCGUGCUUAGAGAAACGUCGCCCUUGCUCUCGUCGAGCCACGAGCCUUCCAACGACUUGAACUUGCGCACCAUCAGUUCCAACGCCACGUCUGCUUCGGCUGAGACCAGCGGCGGCUUCCGGUUCUUUUCGCCUGACGAUAUCGAAAGGGCGCCAGGUGGAUCGACCCUCGAAAAUCCUGAGGAUCCUGUGGAUUACAACACGAACUGGGACUAUUCUGUGGACCGGUUUGAAGAUCACGAAGAAGCACCGCCUCUCAGCACUUCUAGAACAAGCGGCUCGGCGGUUCCUUCCAAGUUUUACGAACAGAAAGGUUCUCGUCCAGCAGAGCAAGAACGGCUUCUGCGGCUGCCGUACCAACGUGCAGAGUCCGAUAACGAAAGCGACGCAGAGUCGAUCCUCCAAGAUCGGUUUCGUCGAAGAAGCACAGAUCCCGGAACGGAAGACCUGGCUCUGUCGAGUCUGGCGUCAUUCCAGUCCGAUGCCGAGGACGACUCCAUGCAAGACUUCUGCCCGACUUCUCUCUACCAGCGGUUUUACUUGGCUGAAGAAGACAUUGUCAUUGGUGUGGCGGGCUACUCGAACUGCCUCUGGAAAUCUGUCGCCUACUACUUGCUCUGUUUGUGCUCUUUUGGUGCCGCAUACUUGGUCUUCCGGUGGCUUCCCCGCUAUCGCGUUAGACUCAUGGGCAAUCCGUGUCCUUUGGGCAAAGCAGACUGGUGUGUGGUGGAAAAUGAGUUUGGUGAAUUGACCAUUGUGCAAGUUGGCAAAACACGCUUUGGUGAACGUCUCUCUCAUUUUAUGACAGUAACGCAGAACCAGGAAUCAGACGAUCCCAGCUUGCAAGCCCAGGACACAAAGGAGGCCAAUCCUGUGAUCCCAUAUAUCCAUUCCUUUGAGUACCGGUACAUUCGCUUCUUCUACAACCCAGUGGAGGACAUUUUCAAGACGAAUUCCACUUGGUACGACAUGCACUGGCUCAAUGUCAAGAAUCUUCGUGAGGGAACAUCGCAGACGCUCUAUGAGUAUAGAGAAAGUAUUUUUGGGAAGAACAAUAUUGAGAUCAAAGAGAAGAGCAACCUAGGACUUUUGGCUGACGAAGUGUUGCAUCCAUUUUAUGUUUUCCAGAUCUUCUCCAUCUUCUUGUGGUUGGCCGAUGACUACUACUACUAUGCUGGGUGCAUUUUUGUCAUCUCUCUAGUUUCUGUAAUGAAUUCGCUUUUCGAAACUAAGGCGACAGUUCGCAGACUCAAGGAAAUGAGCAAAUUCUCGUGUGAUAUCAGGGCGUGGAGAAACGGCUUCUGGACGCAAAUUGACUCCAAUGACUUAGUUCCAGGCGAUGUCUUUGAAGUGGAUCCUUCGAUGUCUUUAGUCCCAUGUGAUGCCUUAUUGAUAAACGGAGAGUGUGUCGUCAAUGAGUCCAUGUUAACUGGAGAAAGUGUACCUGUUUCAAAAAUUUCAGCUACCCGAGACACAGUGUCAUACUUGAGCGAAAACUUCACGCACCCAGUGUUGUCCAAGUCAUUCUUGUACAACGGCACAAAACUUCUCAAGAUGAAAAGUUCUAACGACGAGCCAGUUUUGGCUAUGGUUUUGAAGAUAGGCUUCAACACGACCAAGGGAUCACUUGUUCGGUCAAUGUUAUUCCCAAAACCAACAGGAUUCAAGUUCUAUGAGGACUCGUUUAAGUACAUUGGUUUCAUGACGCUCAUAGCCUGUAUCGGUUUCAUUUACUCCACUUAUAAUUUCAUCCAGUUGGGGCUCGCCAAAAGAAUCAUGAUUCUCCGUGCUUUGGACAUCAUCACAAUUGUGGUACCUCCAGCAUUACCAGCGACCUUGACUAUUGGUACAACAUUUGCUGUCAACCGGUUGAAGAAGAGAAACAUUUUCUGUAUUGCUCCUACACGAGUUAACGUCGGCGGAAAGUUGGACAUUGUGUGUUUUGACAAGACCGGAACAUUAACGGAAGAUGGUUUAGACAUUUUGGGUGUUCAUGCAGUGAAGAACGCAGAAGGUAGAAAGGAAAUUGUAUUUGAGGACUUGGUUGACAAUGUCAAGUCAUUGGCUCCAAAAACUCCGUCAGAGUCGCCUUAUGGUAUUCAAAGUGGUCCUCAACUUCUUGGAUGCAUGGCCUCGUGUCACUCAUUACGACUUAUAGAUGAUGUUCUUGUUGGAGAUCCUUUAGACGUGAAGAUGUUUGAAUUUACCAACUGGCACUUUGCCGAGGAGUUUGGUGGCAGCUCGGUGCCUAUGGUCUAUGAAUCUGUGGGAAAGGAGACUUAUGGUUACAAGAUUCUUAAGGAGUACGAAUUUGUUGCUGCUUUAAGAAGAAUGUCUGUUUUGGCAGACAAGGACGACAAGAGGUAUGUAUACACCAAAGGUGCACCAGAGGUGAUGUUGGACAUUUGUGACCCAGCAACAAUUCCCAGCAACUUUGAGGAAUUACUCCACCAGUACACCCAUGGCGGAUAUAGGGUGAUUGCAUGUGCCCAGAAGUCUGUGAGCAAGAAAAUCAACCACAAUGGGCUUGAACGGGAGCUGGCUGAGAGCGACUUGCAGUUUUGUGGAUUCAUCAUAUUUGAGAAUAAGUUGAAACCUCUGACUAAGGGUACGUUGCAGGAGCUUCGUGAAGCAGCUAUAAGAACAGUAAUGUGCACAGGUGACAACGUGUUAACUGCCGUGAGUGUUGGCCGUGAGUGUGGAUUGAUUCAUUCUUCUGUGAGUCAAGUUUUCAUUCCCCGUUUUGCUGGCGAAGACGAACAAAACAUCACUGGUGGAACAGGUCUUAUAUGGGAGGAUAUCCACGAUGCCAACAAGCGUCUUGAUUCAGUCACGUUACAUCGCUUGAGCACGGACACUCGUGACAUCAUGGGCGAAUACAUUCUCGCCAUCACAGGAGACAUUUUCCGCUACAUCUUGGCAGAGCUCCAGCAGGAGGAUUUGACCCAUGCCAUCUUGAUGCGGUGCAACAUCUUUGCGCGGAUGUCGCCCGAUGAAAAGCAUGAGUUGGUAGAGCAACUUCAGAAAAUCGACUAUACGGUAGGAUUCUGUGGAGAUGGUGCCAACGACUGCGGAGCAUUGAAAGCUGCUGAUGUUGGUAUUUCGUUGAGUGAGGCCGAAGCAUCUGUUGCCGCCCCAUUCACGUCUCGGGUGUUUGAGAUUUCGUGUGUGUUGGACGUGAUCAAAGAGGGCCGGUCUGCUUUGGUGACGAGCUUUUCGUGCUUUAAGUACAUGUCGUUGUACUCUGCGAUCCAGUUCAUCACCGUGACGCUUUUGUACAAGAAGGGCACCAACUUGGGCGAUUUCCAGUUCUUGUACAUUGACUUGGUGCUCAUUUUACCCUUGGCUAUUUUCAUGUCGUGGUCCGGGCCCUAUGCUAAACUUGUCGUGAAGCGGCCAACAGCCAAUUUGGUGAGCCCGAAGGUGUUGGUUCCUCUUGUGAGCCACAUUGCCGUUAUUCUUGUUUUCCAGCUUUACGUGUGGUUGUCAAUCAAAAAAGAACCGUGGUACAUUGCACCCGAACCUUCAGACGACGAUGAUCACGUCAAACUGUCGGACAAUACGGUGCUAUUCCUCUUUACCAAUUUCCAGUACAUUUUACAUGCGGUCGUGUUGAGCACAGGCCCUCCUUACCGGGCUCCUCUACACACCAACAAGCCAUUUUUGGCCACGGUCGUAUUUUGUUUGGCCCUUUCCGUUGGAAUUUUCCUGAUCGACUCGGAGUCUUGGUGGGGCGACUUUAUGCAGUUGACCAAUAUGUCGCACGGCGCAUACGUGAUGCUACUACUUGCUGCUGCGGCCAACUUUUUCGUCGCCUCGUACGGAGAACUGGCCUUGUACAAGAAAAUGGCCCAAGGCGUCAAGAAGGCGCUUUUUGGCAAUCGCCACAGCAAAAAGCGCUUCAAACGCUUGGGUCGGGAAAUGGUCCCAGUCGUGUAG